AUGAAGUAUCAUUGCCAGUUCAGACUGAUGCUGCUGUUUGUUGGCGCCAUUCUCAUCAUUGCUUUCAGUACUGAACUACAUGCCUUCGAGUCCACUGAUUCUGAGUUCUUUCAGCAUAAGAUUGAGCCAAUUCUCAAGUCCAAAUGCCUCGGAUGUCAUUCGCAUGAAUCGCGUACCAUGGAAGGUGGUUUGACGCUCGACUCGCGAAGUGGUUGGCAGUCUGGCGGGGAUCGCGGACCUGCAAUACUGCCUGGUGACCCGACUGGUAGCCUGCUGAUCAAAGCAAUUCAAUGGGACGAUCCCGACCUCCAGAUGCCCCCAGACGAGAGACUCUCACCGGAGGAGGUGGAGCUAUUCAUAGCCUGGGUACAAAAGGGGGCGGUCGAUCUCCGGGAAGCAGUGGUUCCAGCGGAACCACUCACAAAUUGGUGGUCUUUGAAGAAACUCACCCGCCCUGAAGUUCCUGGUCAAGGGCAUCCAAUAGAUGCCUUUAUCAACAAGCAAUUACAAGAACAGGGCUUCAAACCGACCGAGCGUGCGGACCGAGUGACGUUGAUUCGUCGCUUGUAUACGAACCUGCUUGGUUAUCUCCCCAGUCCAGAAGAAGUCACAGCCUUUGUAAAAGAUGAAGAUCCACUGGCCUACUCAAAACUGAUUGAUCAAUUGUUGAGUUCUCCAGCAUACGGUGAGCGAUGGGCUCGGCACUGGCUCGAUGUGAUUCAUUUUGCCGAUUCACAUGGGUGUGAGCACGAUGUGAAGCGUGAUCACGCCUGGCGGUAUCGGGACUAUGUCAUCAAUCGACUUAAUGAUGACGUCCCCUGGUCGCGGUUUGUCAAAGAGCAACUUGCUCCCGAUUUCUUUUAUCCUCAAGAGCCUGAAUUGAGAGCCGGGCUGGGGUUUAUUGCAGCGGGCCCUUUAGAACUCAGUCGGGCCGGAACAGCACCGGUUACGUUUGAUUACCUUGACCGUGAUGACAUUGUCACUCAGACCAUGGCGAGUUUCGUCAGUACGACGGCCAAUUGUGCCCGCUGCCAUACUCACAAAUUUGAUCCAAUCUCUCAGGAAGAUUAUUACUCGCUCCAAGCUGUAUUUGCAGGAGUCGGAAAAGGAGACAUUGAAUUCGAUGCCUCUUUUCAAUUGAUGCAACGUCGGCAGGAAUUGAAACAGCUACUUGCAGCGACUCAGAGUGGUGAUCAGGAGAUUCUCCUGCAACCGCAGUAUGCUGAAUUUGUUGAUACAUGGAUUUCUGAGCGUAGAUCGCUCACCGUGAAAUGGACCCCCCUGGUCGCUGACGUCUUCGUUUCAGCAGGAGGGGCAACACUGAUCAAAUUGGAUGACGGAUCGGUCCUGGCCAGCGGCACUGUCCCUGAUCAGGAACAGUACACGGUGACAUCCCCCGUUGAACUUCAGCGGCUCACCGCUGUGCGACUCGACGUCCUUAAUGAUGAGUCUCUGCCGCACAAUGGACCAGGGCGAGCGGGUAAUGGGAAUCUCCAUCUGACGGAAGCGAUGCUACACUGGUUGCCCAGCGGAGCAGGUACCUCAACGCCUCUCAAAAUCAAACGCGCCUCAGCGAGUUUUGAUCAGGAUGGCUGGACCUCAGAGCAAGCGAUCGACGGUGAUACCCGAUCUGGUUGGGCGAUUUAUCCCAGAGUCAACGAAUCCCAUCACAUUGUAUUUGAAUUAGAGUCUCCUGUAGAAGUUUCAUCCGGUGGCAAGCUGGUUGUCACUCUGAAGCAACUCUACCCACCAAAGCAUGUGAUUGGUCGCUUUCGGCUUUCGGUGACUGAUGCUUCAGAAGGAGCAGCUCAAGUUUUUUCUGCUGCUGUCCGUUCAGGAUUAACGAAGACGCAAGAACAGAGAACUCAAGCUGAAGCGGUUGCAAUUGCUGCAAUGGCAUUGAAGGAAUAUGCGCAGCGAGAGUUAAGCAAACUGCCUGCUCAAGAAAUCGUCUAUGGUGUCUCAUCAUCCUGGUCACAUGCGAAGAAACUUCCGGCUCCACAAUCACCCAAGACUGUGCAUUUGCUCCGUCGUGGAGCAUUUGAUCAACCUGUGAGAGAAGUCGGUCCUGGAACUUUGAGUGCGAUUGCAUGGUUACCUGGCCGUUUUGAUGAGAUCGAUUCAAGUCAAGAGGCUCAACGGCGGGCAGCUCUGGCUGACUGGAUUGCUCAUCCAGAGAACCCACUCACCUGGAGAAGCAUCGUCAAUCGUGUCUGGCACUACCAUUUCGGGCGCGGGCUCUGCGACACACCGAACGAUUUCGGAAGAAUGGGAAGUUCACCAUCUCACCCGGAACUCCUGGAUUGGCUUGCCAUUUGGUUUCGAGACGAGGCCAAAGGUUCGCUCAAAGAGUUACACCGUCUCGUUCUCACAAGUGAAGCCUGGCAACGCUCAAGCACUGGAACGAGCAAUCCUCAAGAUUCUGAGAACAGACUUCUAUGGAGAAUGAAUCGCCAACGCCUCGAUGCUGAUGUCUUUCGGGAUUCUGUUUUACGAAUAUCAGGGCGCCUCGAUACUCAGAUAGGUGGUCCAGGUAUCGAGCAGUUCCAGAAGACAAAGGGACCGCAGGCGACACCAGCUUUAGACUACGCGGCUUUUGACUGGAACUCAAAGGCAGCACAUCGACGUAGCAUCUACCGAGUUGUCUGGCGAGGGAUUCCCGAUCCAUUCAUGGAAGCACUCGAUUUUCCCGACUUGGGGCUAUUGACGCCCAAGCGAGGUUUCUCAGUAUCUGCGUUGCAGUCGCUGGCCAUGUACAACAAUAAUUUCGUGUUGCAUGGCAGUCAGUGGCUUGCAGACAGCAUCGUACAAGAACAUCCAGAGUUAGCAGCACAGGCUGGGGGUGGGUUUGGUGGAUUGGCGUUAUCGCAUCUGCUGGCUUCUGAGUCGCAAACAGUUGCGACUGGUGCUCUCAAUGGUGGGCUGCAUCAUCCUGCGAAAGUGAAACGCGUGAUCCAGCUCUUCAUGACGGGUGGGGCCAGUCCGAUGGAUACGUUUGACUACAAACCUGAACUGGAACGACUCCAUGGACAAAAGCUGGGACCGGAAGAGAAACCGGAAGGCUUUACGGCCAUGCCCGGGGCGUUGAUGAAGAGUCCCUUUCAAUUUAAGCAAUACGGAGAAUCAGGUCGCUGGGUCAGCAGUGUCUUUCCACAUCAGUCCAAAUGGGUUGAUGAGAUGGCCUUCCUCAUGGCGAUGUCCUCCAAGACGAAUGUCCAUGGUCCCGGCACCUAUAUGAUGAAUACCGGUUUUCUUCUGCCCGGCUUCCCCUGUCUGGGAGCCUGGACCUCUUACGCGCUGGGGAAUCUGACUGACGAUCUGCCGACUUUUGUGGUGCUGCCUGAUGCGAAAGGCCUGCCAUAUAAUCAACGCGGCCCCUUUUCUUCUGGGUUCCUGCCGGCGGUCUAUCAGGGGACAGUCAUUAAUGCAGGCUCAUCAAAUCCGGUUCCCGAUUUGUUCCCCAAUGAACGUUUUCGCUUUACUCACUCAGAAGCUGAUCGAGAUGGAUUAAGUCUUCUGCAUUCGAUCAAUCGAGAUCACGCAGCCGAGCGACCAGGAGACUCCCGAUUGGAGUCACGAAUUCGAUCCUACGAACUGGCUGCGCAAAUGCAGCUGUCAGCCCCAGAAGCCUUUGACCUGACACAGGAGAACGAAAGCACUCAUCGCUCCUAUGGACUCGAUCAAGCGGUUACGGAGGAUUUUGGUCGUCGUUGUCUCUUAGCGCGUCGUUUGUGCGAACGAGGGACGAGAUUCGUUCAAGUCUGGAGUGGUCCUCAGGGAGCAACCGAAAACUGGGAUAACCAUGGCAGCAUCCCGAAGGAAUUGCCACCCAUCGCUGCCAGUGUUGAUCAACCAAUUGCGGCCCUGAUCCAAGACCUCAAACAACGUGGUUUAUUUGAGGAGACUCUCCUGAUUUGGACCACGGAGUUCGGUCGUACUCCCUUUGCCCAGGGAGGAACGGGUCGUGACCAUAAUGGGGGAACAUUCGUCACCUGGAUGGCUGGAGCAGGCAUCAAAAAAGGAGCUUCCUACGGGAAGAGCGAUGACUGGGGGUAUCAGACUUUAGAAGGAAAGACCUACUGUUACGAUCUGCAUGUAGUCCCCUCUGGGUUAAAGCGUAGCUGGCAGACUUUUGGUCGCCACAGUUUGCAGAUCUACAAGUCAAUUCAGGCAGACUUUGAUAUCUCUGUACGCCAAUUGGGAACGGUCUAUCUUGCUUCUGACGAAGAGGAACUGGCUCUGCUGGAAGAAUUGCAUGUGCGUAACAACGAAGUUGAAUAUCCCUCUGAAUUGUGGACAGCCCGUCGAGCGCUAGAGCGUUUCCCUCAGUUACGUUCUGAGUAUUGUCGUGGAGCCCUCUUUUUUCCGGAAGAAGUCUCCGUCAAUCCUCGACAGAUGAUUCACCGGCUACAUGACUAUCUCGCUGAGCAGCCAGGUUUUGAGAGCAAGUUCCAAACUCAGGUCAAUGGAGUCUUCACGAACGAACAGAACGAAGUAACUGUGACGACUGCGGACGGGCGUGAAUUCACGACGAAGAAAGUCAUUUUGUGCAGUGGGAGUGAGUUUGAGAUUCUCUUUCCAGAAUUAUUUCGGGAAAGUGAUCUUGUAGCGGUCAAGCUACAAAUGCUGCGAUUGAGUCCCCAAGCCAAUGUUCAACUUCCGGGUAAUAUUCUGACGGGACGCUCGAUUCGACGUUAUGAAAGUUUCUCGGAAUGUCCCUCGUGGGAAGCAAUCAAAUCUCGCGAAGCAGGGGAUACCGUUUGUGAUCAAUGGGGAAUUCACAUUCUGUUCAAGCAGGAGGCGGAUGGUGGCAUUAUCCUGGGAGACUCGCACGAAUAUGCGCCUGCGCGCGAACGAGACAGACUUGGCUUUGAUCUACGUAGAGACAUCAACGAUGCUUUGAUUCAAGAAGCCGCAAGGAUAUUUUCUUUGCCCUCCUGGGAGAUUGAAUCUGCCUGGAGCGGGAUGUACUGUCAAACCAAUAACCCCGUCGGAAUUUAUCUCAAUCAAGUCAGCGAUAACAUCCACAUUGUGACUGGUAUCGGAGGGACCACCGUGGACGAAGACAACGUGGUGUACAAGACUGUCCGCGCAGCGAUCAAUGCAGCUGGCUAUGACUACUCUCAAGAGCAGGUUCAGGCUGUAGGCGCAGGAAAGGAGAAGUCUCAGGCAAUCCGCGAUGUCCUUAACAUUGAUGGGAAGGAGCAUCCAGACGAUGAAGUGGCUGCGAUCUUUUCUGAUUUCAAAAAUCGACUAGCUGCAGCCUAUCAGGACCUCCAGGUACGAGAGCAACCGCAGGCAUUAAGUGUCUUUGGUACUUUACGUACAAGAGGAGUGAAGGUGGCACUCAACACGGGUUAUGAUCGAGCUACAGCGGAGGGCCUCCUGGAAAAACUAGGCUGGGUCGUUGGUCAGCAGAUUGAUGCUCUCGUGACAGCGAGUGAUGUCGAGAGGAACAGACCAGCUCCCGAUAUGAUUCGCAGAGCGAUGGAACUGACAGGUGUGGGGGAUGCCUCUCAGGUUGCGAAAGUCGGUGAUUCUCAAAUUGACAUCGAGGAGGGGAAGAAUGCGGGAUGUGGAAUAACUUUGGGAGUCACAACUGGUGCGCAAGGAGAAGAGUUGUUGCUGAAAUCGGAUCCAACUGCUGUCAUCAGUGGUUUAAGGUCUUUAUUACCGUUGAUUGAAGUUCAUUAA